UUUUCGUAAACUUGAUUUUUUUCCUUUCUACAUCAUUGGUUCCGUGCAGAUGAAAGCACUGAUCAAACGGUUAGCUAACAAGUCAUUCCUCUUAUGCCUGCUGCCGGUGCUGCUGCUAACUUUCCUGCUGCAUUCAGUGGACCGCUUUCCCUUGGCAAAUGAAAGUGAAUUGGGUGAGAACGAAAGACUAGACAGUAGAGGUGAAAGUGCAAUAAAGAAUCAAAAUUACUGGGGAGUGUUGAACAGUAUUCCAUCUCUGGAAAAAGACGAAACAGUCGAAAAUGUCAAACACAUCCGUGCACCAUCCACUCAUGAAAAACAUCCAAACGUCAUGCUCAAUGUGCAGAGUUCGUCUUUCAUCGCCAACACCGGGAAGACGGAAGCGGAGUCUCUCCCCACCACGCCGAAGUCCACGAUAGUGACGGAGAGCAGCACCGUGACGCCAGAACCUCCAAGGAAACAGAAGAAGAUUCUGCUGCUUUCUUCUGUCGGGCGCAGCGGGUCGAGUUUCCUUGGGUUGUUACUGUCAGCUUUGGGCGACAAUAUGUACUUCUUCGAGCCGAUCAGAGGAAUACCAAAAAGCUACCAAGGCAAGCAGAACAUCUCCGAAGAAUUAGUGAGGUAUUUCCGGUGUGACAUAAGGCAGAAAUUGUUGCAUGUGGGGGGCAGGGUGGACAUCAGCAUCAUUCACCCAUUCACAAAAUACAAGCGUGCACAUCAGGUGAGACUCCAGGACGUGAUUGACCACUGCCUCCAGGAACCACUCAUUAUCGUCAAGGUCAUCAGGCUGCGCCUCCAGUGGGUCCGGGAACUUAUGAACCGAAAGGAAAUGGACAACGUGAAAGUGAUCCACCUGGUGCGUGAUCCCCGAGGCUCCCUCACCUCUAUGGCUAAACUCGAGUGGAAAACGACGGAAGUGGAUGAAUGUGCCAAAAUCUACAAGGAUCUUCAGGAAAGGGAAGCCAUGGCGUCUCUUUUUCCAAAUCGCUACACCUUCGUCAAAUAUGAAGAUUUGUGCCGCGAUCCUUACGGGGAGGCCCGGAGACUCGUGCAGUUCAUCAGUGACGAGGGUCAAAAGGGAUCGAACGGGGGGAACAAGACAUGGCUCCAUAACAAGGCACGAAUAGAUGACAAAGAUGAGGCACGAUUGCUGGACCCUGCCUUGUACCAGGACCUGCCACAGGGCAUCUUAAAGUACCUGAACGAGCAUCUGCACGUCAACAAGGAGCAUAGGUUUGGGCCCUUUACGGUGGAGCGUGAAACUGCGUCCAUGUAUCAGCGGUGGCGGUGGACUAUAUCGUUUGAGCAGUUGACUAAAGUACAGGACGCAUGUGUGGAUGUUAUCAGAACUCUCGGCCAUAGGUUCUUCUCCACCUUUGCUGACGUACGGAACUCCUCUAUACCACUCUUUGUCGAUAAUCCUUCUUGAAUGCACGAAAUAUAAUUAAAGCUAAUAUUUUAACCUA